UGUAAAACAUCAUGUACCAAUGAACAAUUCCAAUGUAAAAAUUGUCGCUGUAUCUCAAAGUCAUUGACCUGUGACUCUAAAAACGAUUGUGGAGAUAAUUCAGAUGAAAACCAACUUGAGCUGCAUUGCGGCUGUAAAUUUCCAUGUUCUGAUGAGCAGUUCCAAUGUAAUAAUUGUCGCUGUAUAGCAAAGUCUUGGACAUGUGACCACAAAAAUGAUUGCGGAGAUAAUUCAGAUGAAUAUGCACAUUGCUCUUACCCAGUUUGUAGCGGGAACCAGUUCACAUGUGCCAAUAAACAGUGUAUACCACAAAAGUGGGUGUGCGAUGGCAAUAACGAUUGUAAUGAUAACUCUGAUGAAGCAGGCUGUGAUAAUUAUGAAUGUGAGCCUAAUGAAUGGUCCUGUCCGUCGACAGGCAAAUGUAUUUCUGCACAACAAGUCUGUGAUCAAGUAAAAGACUGCAGACUUGGAGAAGAUGAAGAGAAAACUUGUAGUAGAACUUCUUGUACAACAUUGAAUUGUGAACAUGAGUGUUACCCUACUCCAUUGGGAGGAAGUUGUUACUGUAAACCAGGCUAUGUUAUUAACAAAAAAGACAAUCGUACUUGUAUAGACUUUGAUGAAUGCGGAGGACAUAAACAUAAGUAUUGUGAUCACAUUUGUUCCAACUUUAAUGGAUCUUAUAGCUGUUCCUGUUACCCUGGUUACCAGCAGCAUGAUGGAAUACACUGCAGAUCUAGAGCAAAGGAUGGGGCACCAAGGAAAUUAUAUGUAGCUAUUGGUAACAAGGUCAUUAAAAUGGACCCAACAGGAAGUGACCAGGAGGAUGUUUUAAAAGUAGAAGUUGAUGACCUAGAUUUUGACAUCAAACGAAACCUCAUGUUCUGGAUUGAUGGGGAAGAGAAAAAGAUAUAUGAGAAAAAUAUUCGAACAUUAGUUAAAAGUGUUCUACCUAUCAAAAGUUUAUAUAGACCAACAUCAUUUGCAUAUGACUGGAUUGCUCAGAAUAUUUAUUAUGUGGAUGAAAGGGCAAAGAUCAUUGGUGUAUAUUCCUACACAACAAAGAAACAGAGAGAUGUUAUCAGCGAUAAUCUCCAGAUUCCACGAGGAUUAGCUGUAGAUCCAAAUGCUGGGUACAUGUUCUUUUCUGACUAUGGGAGUAAACCUCAUCAUGAUGCCAGAAUUGAGAGAGCUUUUAUGAAUGGUAGUCAUAGAUACACAUUCCCAAUAAAGAAGGUGGUGGCUCCAUCUAGUAUUACAUUAGAUUUAGUUACUAAACGGCUGUAUUGGACAGAUUACCGAUUGGACCAUAUCGGCUGUGUGGAUUAUGAUGGAAAGUUUAGUUUCAUGGUUCUAUCUGGUGGUUCCAAUAUUCCAGCAGCCGUCAGUCUGACUCUCCUUGAUGACAAAUUAUACUGGGCAGACAGGACUCAGAUAGGGAUCUCUAGAAUUGACAAGCUUGGCAAAAAUAAAGUCGCAGCAAUAUUCAGAGACAAAAAAGCACAACCUAAUGCAGUUGUAGCUUAUCAUACCUCGUUACAACCAAUUGGACUUAAUUCCUGUGAUGGUGCUACUUGUGAACAUUUUUGCUUACUGACCCAUUUAGGACAUUCAUGUGCUUGUAAUACAGGAUACAGACUACAGGAUAAUGGCAUUAAUUGUACUAAGAUAGAUAAAUUUCUACUAUAUGCUGCCAAGUAUUCUGUACGUGCUGUUCCUAUCAAUGAGUCUGAGGCUAGUGAUGCCAUGUAUCAAAUGUUUGCUAAGAACAGCGGGAGAAGGGGAGUUAACUAUGUUGCCCUAGAUUAUUUGGCCGAAGACCAGACUGUGUACUUCUCUGAUAUCAGAAAUUAUGCUAUCAUGAAAGCAAAGGUUGAUGGGUCUGAAGAUCCCACCCCAUUAACAGUAAAAGAAGUUAGAUCAGUGGAAGGAUUGUGUGUGGACUGGAUCUCUAGGAACCUGUACUAUACUGAUUUCUUUCUUGGACUAGUUUCCGUUCUGAAUCUGGACCAACCAAAAGAUAGAAGGAUUCUAAUAUCAGGUGUUGGUAAACCUAGAUCUGUUGUUGUUCAUCCCCUAAAAGGUUGGUUGUUUUAUUCUGAUUGGAUGAAGAACUCGAUGCAGAGUCCCUAUAUAGCUAGAUCUUAUGGAGAUGGGACUAACAUGACAAAAAUCAGACAGUAUGAGCUGGGAUGGCCGAAUGGACUAAGUCUAGAUAUAAGUACUGAUAGAUUGUACUGGGUUGAUGCUUACUUUGACAGGAUUCAGCACUGUGAUUUAGACGGAGAAAAUGUAAAAACUUUAGAAGGAAUUCAUGUUGCUCAUCCAUUUGGUAUAGCUGCAUAUAAAGAUUUCAUAUUUUUCUCUGACUGGAAGCUUGAGUCUAUUGUCCGAGUAAACAGACGAGGGGGAAGUGAUGUCACUUUAAGGAAAGGCGUGUCAUAUUUGAGGGAUGUAUUGGUGUAUGAUCAAGAUAUGCAGAAGAAACCAGAUGACCAUCCAUGUCUACUGAGAAAUGGAGAUUGUUCACAUUUUUGUUUCCCUGUUCCUUAUACCAGUGGAAUACUAAAGCUAGGGCGUGUUUGUGGCUGUCCUUUCGGUAUGAAGUUGUCAGAUAACCAGCGUGAUUGUGUCAUAAAUGCUGACGAAAAGAAACAAAGUGAAUGUCGUAAGGAAUUUUUCCAAUGUAAAAAUGAGAAGUGUAUACCGAAAACCUUUCGCUGUGAUGGAGACAAUGAUUGUAUAGAUAUGUCAGAUGAACAGAAUUGUGAAAACGGAAAGUCCUGUUCAUCAAAAGAAUUUCAUUGUAAAAAUAGCCGCUGUAUAAACAAGAACUGGCAGUGUGAUGGCGAUAAUGAUUGUGGAGACUUCAGUGACGAAACUAAAUGUGCUCAGAAGACUUGUAAUAGAGAACAGUUCCAGUGUAAUAACACAUUGUGUAUUCACAAGAAAUUUAUGUGUGACACAGAUAAUGAUUGUGGUGAUGCAUCAGACGAAGGAAAAUUUUGUGGUAAACAUGAAUGUUCGAUUGGAUAUUUCCAGUGUUUAGACAAGCGCUGUAUUCCUUCGAAAAAAAUCUGCGAUGGAAGCAAUGACUGUUUUGAUGGGAGUGAUGAAAUAGAUUGUCCUGCUCUCAACUGUUCCUCCAACAGCUGGAAGUGUAGGACAUCAUGGCAAUGUAUCCCAAAGAGGAAUAAGUGUGACAGGGCACCAGAUUGUAAGGACGGCAGUGAUGAGGAGGAUUGUCCUUUCAGAAGUGACGAGACAUGCCUAAAGGAGGAGUUUAGAUGUAAGAAAGGAGGGUGUGUUCCUAAGACCUGGAAAUGUGAUGGACAGGAAGACUGUGAAGAUGGGUCUGAUGAACCAAACUCUUGUCCUAAUCCCACAUGUUCUUUUGAUCGUUUCCGUUGUGAGAAUGGUCGUUGUGUUUCUAAGUUGUGGGUUUGUGAUGGUGAUGAUGACUGCGGUGACAACAGUGAUGAAGACAAAGCCUUAACUUGCCCACCACCCCCCUUUUACUGUCCGAGAGAUCAGUGGGAGUGUCCAGGGGAUUACAGACAGUGUAUAAAUAAAACCCAGGUGUGUGAUGGUCAACCUGACUGUCCAGGAGGAAAUGAUGAAAGUCCAUUAUGUAAUAAUGAUGAAUGCUUAGUUAACUUAGGUGGUUGUCAGUUUGAAUGUAUCCAAACUCCCAGGGGAGCAGAGUGCAUCUGUCCUAAAGGGCUGCAAUUAAAUGGAACUAAAGAUUGCAUUGAUACCAAUGAAUGUGAUCCUCCUGGACUGUGUAGUCAACAUUGUAUCAACACUAAAGGCUCAUAUAAAUGUAUAUGUGAAGAAGGAUAUGAGUUAGUUAAAGGAAAACAGUGUUUAGCUAUCAGAAAUGAGACCAAACCAUAUUUAGUUGUAACCAGUCAAAAUGAGUUAGUGAAGGGUGAUCCUUCCUUACAACAUUACGUUUCCAUGCCGAUGCCAGGGGUCAGGUCAAUGACGGGGUUAGAUGUCCACAUUGCUGACAACACAGUUUAUUUCUCUGAUUCAUCACAGAAGAAAAUUUACAGAGUUCAAACAGAUGGCUCAAAUUUAACUGAGGUGUUUCCCGUAGGAAUUAAUGUUGUUGAGGAUCUUGCUGUGGACUGGAUUGGAGGUAAUCUGUACUGGAAUGAUUAUGUCUUAGAGACCAUAGAAGUAGCCAGACUUGAUGGAAGUUAUAAAACCAUACUGUUUAGUGAGAAUAUCACCAACCCUAGAGGAAUAGGAGUGGAUCCUAGACAAGGUGCUCGCUUCUUGUUUUGGACAGAUUGGGGUCAAAAUCCUCGUAUUGAGAGGGCAGGAAUGGAUGGCUCUGGCCGAAUUAUUAUUGUAUCUGAGAAGCUGUAUUGGCCAAAUGGUCUAUCUAUAGAUUAUCCAAAUAGACGUCUAUACUUUGCUGAUGCUCGACUUGAUUUUAUUGAGUACUGUAACUACGAUGGAUCUGGACGGACACAAGUGUUUGCUAAUGACCAUUUUCUGCGUCAUCCUCACGGUCUAGUGGUUUUUGAGGACACUGUAUUUUGGACAGACCGUGUAGCAGGACAGGUCUCUCAGUGUAACAAAUUUAACUGUUCGUCAAGGGAGGUUACUGUGAGUAGAGUAACCAGACCACUUGGUGUUGCCAUUUUCCAUCCUGUUAGACAACCUCAAGAGGAGAGUCCAUGUGAAAAGAACCAAUGCAGCCAUCUAUGUUUGUUAUCUCCAACAAAGAACUACACAUGUGCUUGUCCUGGGGGUAUGGUACUGGACAAAGACAAUCAUCAGUGUAUUUCUAAUGAGAAUGAAGAAUACCUUCUGUAUCUAUCUGCUGCUGGCUUGGUUGGGAUGUCUCUCGACAACCAAUCACAGCAUACAUUAUUACCAGUAACCAGUCAAGCAGGUGUUAUAGAUUUUGACUUCGACAGCCAAUCAAAAGAGAUAUUGUUGGUCAAAAAAGGUUUAAUGGGAAAUUCAAGUAUAGGUUCAGUAUCAGUCUACAAAGGGAACCAGUCUGACUACCUGCCAACAGUUUUCUCUGGUGCCCCUCAUGCUAUAGCAGUAGACUGGAUUACUAGGAAUCUCUUCUGGUCUGACUUAGAGUCAGGUACUAUAGAAGUAAUGAGUAUGGAUACAGAUAAACACUACAGAAAAAUUCUAAUGAGCAAUAGGGGAAGACUGACAGAUUGUGCUGCACCAGUGGCUUUAGUAGUAGAUCCUGAAAAUGGGAAAAUAUAUUGGGCAGAUAAGGGCAGCAAAUCUGUUGAGCCAAAGAUAGCCGUGAUGAACAUGGAUGGUUCAUUACCUAGAACAAUCCAUUCAAGACGUACAGAGGUUCCUGAAGGGUUGGCUUUAAACAAAGAAAACAAAGAUUUGUUUUGGUCUGACUCUGGAAAAGGAUGGAUAAUGAGAUAUACUCAUUAUGGACGAAGGGUGAGAGUAUUUAUAAACAGACUUAGUAACCCACGAGGACUUGUGAUCAACGAAAGAAUGUUGUAUUAUGUGGACGCUGAUUACGAGAGUAUUUUUGCUGUUGCCCUCUUUGGUCCUCAGAAGAAAAAGACGCUAAAGGCAAAUCUUGUUGGAUUGAGCAUUCUAAAGGUGUACUAUAACAGGCAUGAAAAAGGGCAGAAAAAUCCAUGUUCCUCUACAACAUGUGAUCAGCUCUGUUUCCCAACAUCUUCCAAACAAUAUCAGUGUGAGUGUGGAACAGGAUACAGUAAAACACCAGAUAGUAGUGCCACCUGUUCAGCCAGCACCACUUUUGCAGUAGUAUCACAGUCCAGUAUCAUCAGAGGGAUAGCUAUCAAUGCCAGGGAUCAUGAAGAUGCUAUGGUACCAAUUAGAGGAUAUGACCGAGUUGCAUUACAUGUAGAUGUCCAUAUUACUGGCGGACAUAUUUAUUGGUGUGACUACGACAGUACUGGGCUGAAGGGAGGUAGCUCUAAUGGUGUCCGUAGAAUUAAACAAGACGGCACAGGGUAUCAAGAAGUGAUUCAAGCAGGGAUAGGGAUUAAACCUGCCGAUGGAAUACGUGGAAUUGCUGUGGAUUGGAUUGCAGGUAAUCUGUAUUUCACAACAUCCAAGAAUUAUGAUACUUACCUAGAAGUGGCUAAAUUAGAUGGUAGUCAUCGAUUGGUCCUCGUCAAGGAGAAAAUGUCAUCACCUAGAGCCAUUGCUGUUAAUCCAAUAAAAAGAUAUCUGUAUUGGGUAGACAGUGGACAGUUUCCAAAGAUAGAACAAGCAAGGCUAGAUGGAACCGAACGUAAAACCUUGGUAACCAAUGGCAUUAGAUAUCCAAGGGGAAUAACUGUGGAUAUUGAUACACAUGAUGUAUACUGGGUUGAUUCAGUUGUAGAUACCAUUCAGAAAAUAUCGUUCAGUGGUGGAAAUCGACAGUAUGUGAGGACGAAUUUACCAUCACCCUUUGGAAUAUCUGUCUUGAAAAAUUACAUUUACUGGGUUGACAGAAAUCUGAAACAGGUAUUUAAAGCCAGUAAGAACGGUAUUAGCAGAACACCAAUAAUUAUCAAGAAUAACUUGGAACAUCUAAGAGACAUUGUCAUCUUUGAUGAGGAACUGCAACCAAAUGCGUCAAGUCCAUGUGCUAUUGACAAUGGUGGAUGUGAACAGUUGUGUUUUGCCUAUCCAAACCAGACUACUUCUGUGUGUGAUUGUUCUACAGGAAAUCUGGCAUCUGACAAUACAUCAUGUGAAGCUCCAAAAGAAUUUCUGGUGGUGGCAGCUGAAACAGAAAUAUUGAGUAUUUCACUGGACCCUUCUAUGAAAUCUGCACCAGUGCCACCCGUCAAAGGAUUAAAUGGGGCUGUGGCAGUGGACUUUGACUAUGAAGAUAACUAUAUAUAUUUCUCCCAGAUUAUUGGGAAAUCCAUCAGUAGAGUGCUUCAGAACAGUUCUAGUCCUGUUAUUCAUGACAUUGUUACAUUUAAUACAAAUGAAACUUGGAUAAAAGACACUGUAACAGCAGAAGGUCUUGCAUUUGAUUGGGUUGGUAAAAGAUUAUACUGGGCUGAUGUGUACAUGAACCGCAUUUACAGCAUGAACCUGAACUCCAUAGAAAAAGUGACCUUGGCAGUAGUAAUUAGUCCUAGAGCCGUGGCUGUUCAUCCAUGUAAAGGAUACUUAUUUUGGACUGACUGGGGCAGGAGUCCUAAGAUAGAGAGAGCUACUAUGGCAGGGAACCAGAGGAAAGUCAUUGUAUCUACAGACCUAGGCUGGCCUAAUGGACUAAGUGUAGACUAUGAUGAAGAUAUGAUAUACUGGGCUGAUGCUUUAAGGGACAGGAUAGAGAGAUCCACAUUGGAUGGCAGAUACAGGGAAGUAAUUGUCCAGUCAACUGUCCAUCCAUUCUCCAUGACAGUGUUUGGUCAUCAUGUUUACUGGACAGAUUGGACAUUACAUGGUGUAUACAGAGCAGAGAAGCAUACAGGAUCCAAUCUAGUCGUAAUGUCAGAGGGUAUCACUAACAGACCUAUGGGAAUCAACAUAUAUUCUCCAAAAAGACAGAAAUGUAAUACAAACCCUUGUGAUAUCAACAAUGGAGGAUGUAGUCAUGGUUGCCACCCAGGGGCUGAUGGGAAGGCUGAGUGUUCUUGUGAUGACAACAGUGGAUUGAUCCUUGGUAACAGUGGUAGAAUGUGUAUACCCUCUAACCAUUCGUGUACACCUGACAAAUUUGUGUGCGUGAAUGGUAAAUGUCUGAGUCAGCGAUGGGUUUGUGAUGCUUCUGAUGAUUGCAAUGACAACUCUGAUGAGAAUCCUAACUUCUGUGCUAACCAUGUUUGUGAUCCUACGUAUUUCCGAUGUAACAAUGGCCACUGCAUUCCACUUAAGUACCGCUGUGACCAUGACAACGACUGUGGAGAUGACUCAGAUGAAUUAGAGUGCACUCACCCAGAAUGCACAAGCGACCAGUUCCAGUGUGCCAAUAAGAGAUGUGUUGACUUAUUGAAGGUCUGUGAUGGUGUUGACAAUUGUCUCGACGGAAAUAAAACCGAUGAAAAUGGCUGUCCUGAAAGAACAUGUGCUCCAGGGAAGAUCAAAUGUCCAAACAAUGGUAUCUGUCUGUCUAGACGUUACUUAUGUGAUGGUCAGAAUGAUUGUGGAGACAAUAGUGAUGAGAAUGCAAUGUUUUGUGGAGCUAUCACCUGCUCACCUCAAGACUUCCAUUGUGCCGUGACACAGAAAUGUAUUCCUAAGUCCUGGGUUUGUGAUGGGGAUAACGAUUGUGGAGAAAAUGAAGACGAACAGCCUGGAUGUAACAAUCCAAGUACAAACCAGACUUGUACAGAGUUUAGGUGUGCCAAUGGAAAGUGUAUUAGUCAGAAGUUUGUAUGUGAUGGGGAUGAUGAUUGUGGGGACAAAAGUGACGAAUCAGAUCAACUCAAAUGUGGCAAAAGAAGAUGUCCAAAGACCACAUUUACUUGUAAGUCUAACAAGAAAAUAGGAAGAUAUGCUUGCAUAGAUAGGAGGCUGAUUUGUGAUGGCGUCAAGAAUUGUCAUGAGGGUGAAGAUGAACUACAAAACUGUCCAAUUCGCACAUGUCGUCCUGAUCAAUACAGGUGUGACAAUGGUAUAUGUAUCCCACAAUCCUUUGCUUGUGACCAUGACAACGACUGUGGUGAUGGCUCAGAUGAGAAGAAAAACUGUGAGUAUCCACAGUGUGGUAAAGGUAGGUACACUUGUGACAACAAACAGUGUAUUUACUUACAGAAUGUUUGUGAUGGAUUUCCUGAUUGUGGUGAUGGCUCUGAUGAAAAACAUGAGCGUUGUUCUUCUCUUAAACCACUGUGUCCAGGAGAUGAGUUCCACUGUGGUUCUGGUGGAUGUAUCAACCAAACCCUGGUGUGUAACAGGGAACCAGACUGUGAUGAUAAAUCUGAUGAGAGACAUUGUAAUAUAAAUGAGUGUAACAGUCCCUUCCAUGGUUGUCAACAGAAGUGUGUGGAUACAGCGACUGGUUUUGAAUGUCAGUGCAACCCGGGAUAUAAACUUAUGAAGGACAAGAAAAAUUGUGAAGAUUUAAAUGAAUGUAAUGAGUUAGCGGGAGCUUGCAGCCAGAAAUGUAUAAACACCCAUGGUAGUUAUGUGUGUAAAUGUAAUGAUGGGUACGAGAGGACUCACGAUGAAAGACAUUGUAAAAAAGUGGAUAAUAUAACACCAUGGUUGAUUUUCACCAACAAGUAUUACAUAAGAGAGAUAUCUACUGAUGGAUCACAGUACCGUAGAUUAACCCAAGGAUACGACAGUGUUGUGGCGUUGGAUUACGACUACAUAGAGGACAGACUGUACUUUAUUGACAUUAAGAAGAAAAGAAUGUUCAGGAUCUUUUUGAACGGUUCUGGAGAGGAGAUGAUAGUCAGGCAUGGGUUGAUGGGAGCUGAAGGGAUGGCAUUGGACUGGGUUGGAAGGAAAGUAUACUGGGUAGACAGUCGUAAGUCCUCUAUGUUUGUAGUAGAAUUGAAUGGUACCAGUCAGUUGACAUUGAUGAAAGGCAGCUUUAUGAAGAGUCCCAGAGCUUUAGUGGCUGAUCCUAGAAAUGGGUAUCUUUAUUGGACUGACUGGAACUUAUCGCCAUACAUUGGACGUAUUGGUAUGGAUGGAUCUAAUGCUACCAGAAUCAUCAAAGAAAAGAUAGGCUGGCCUAAUGCUCUGGCUAUUGAUUAUGAAACAGAUAGGUUAUGGUGGGGGGAUGCUCAUCUGGAUUUUAUUGAGUUUUCUGAUUUAGAUGGAAAGAACCGUCACAUUGUUCUGCAAGGGAAAGUCCCUCAUCCCUUUGCCAUGACAAUAUUUGAAGACUGGGUCUAUUGGACUGACUGGAAUCAUCUGUCUGUAGAAAAGGCCAAUAAAUACACGGGCGCCAAUCAUACAGUCAUACAGAAACUACCACAUAGACCAAUGGAUAUACAUAUAUAUCAUCCCCUUAAACAGCCACUAUGGUCAAAUCCUUGUGGGGAUAACAAUGGAGGAUGUAGCCAUCUUUGUUUGAUCUCACCUGAUGGAUCCUUCACAUGUCGAUGUCCAAACUAUUUCAACAUGGCCUCGGACAACAAAACAUGUAUAGCUAACUGUACCUCAUCACAGUUCAGAUGUGGUAUAUCUGAUGAUCGUUGUAUACCAAAUGUAUGGAAAUGUGAUGGAGAAAAAGACUGCAAAGAUAAUUCUGAUGAACCAGCUACUUGUCCUGCCAAUGAGUGUGCCCCAGGACAGUUCCAAUGUAAGAACAAUAACUGUACCUAUGCCUUUAGGGUGUGUGACUUGGUAGAUGACUGUGGUGACGGCAGUGACGAGGCAAACUGUGCUGACAGAGCCUGCUAUAGCUGGCAGUUCAAGUGUGGCAAUAAUAAAUGUAUACCACAAGGCUGGGUCUGUGAUGGAGAUGAUGAUUGUGGUGAUAAUAGUGAAGAGCUAGGGGCUCAUUGUGGAAACCAAACAUGUGACCCAAGUAAAUUCACAUGUGACAAUGGGAAAUGUAUACCAGAGGCUUGGAAAUGUGAUUUUGAUGAUGAUUGUGGUGAUAAUUCAGAUGAGAAGAAAGAAUGGAAGUGUGCUAACAGAACAUGUCCUGAUGGCUGGUGGAGAUGUGAAAGUAAUUAUCGCUGCAUACCUGACUGGCAGAGAUGUAAUGGAGCAGAUGACUGUCGUGACAAUUCUGAUGAAAAGGAAGAGAACUGUCCACCAUGUCAUGAGACAGGAGAUUUCACAUGCAAGGAUAAGAAAUGUAUCCCUAUACGCUGGCGAUGUGAUUUUGACAAUGACUGCCCAGAUGGUAGUGAUGAAGACAAGGCUAUGUGUUCUGCCUUAUACCGCAACUGCUCAGAAUCAGAAUUCAGAUGUGACAAUGAUAAAUGUAUCCAAGGAAAAUGGCGCUGUGACCAUGACAACGACUGUGGUGAUCUUAGUGAUGAAAAUCCUAAUUUCUGUAAAGUAUACCACCAUUGUGCAUUCGAUCAGUACCAAUGUGCUAGUGGACAUUGUAUCCGUCAGAAAAGUGUCUGCGAUGGAAUGAGAGAUUGUCGAGACAAUUCUGAUGAGAAUGAUUGUAAACCUCGAUUCCCUGAGGGUAGAUACUGUCCGGCUAACAAGUUCCAAUGCGAUAACCAUUUGUGUAUACCAAAGAUCUGGCGAUGUGAUGGUGUUGAUGACUGCGGUGAUUCGUCGGAUGAAAAAAGGUCGGUGUGUGACCUGAUAGAUUGUCCGGACACGACAAGGUAUCGAUGUGAUAACAUGAAGUGUAUACCUAAAUGGCGAAUCUGUGACAAGGUAGAUAACUGUGGAGAUGGCAGUGAUGAAAAUAAUCAUCAAAUGUGUACUGCCCUACAACAGUACUGUAAGCUGACAGAAUACAGAUGUGCUAACAAACGCUGUAUCUCAGCAAUCAAAGUGUGUGAUUCUGUCAAUGAUUGUGGUGAUGCGUCUGAUGAGAAAGGAUGUCAUAAAGGUGUAGGCCAUGUGAACUGUACAGUAAAUAAAGGGAAUUGUCAACAACUAUGUUCAGAUUUAGUAGAUGGUGGUUAUUUCUGUUCCUGUAAACAAGGAUUUACAAUAUCUACAACAGACAAGAAGUCCUGUGAAGAUUUUGAUGAAUGUUCCUCUUGGGGAAAUAACUGUACACAGAUAUGCAGGAAUGUCAAAGGGUCAUAUAAGUGUGAAUGUCACGAAGGUUUCCAGGACGUUAGUAAAACUAGCAGUAAAAAUGGUGGACAAUGUAAAGCUGCAGGGGACAUGAUGAUGUUAUUUUUCACCAGUGGUCAUGAAGUGCGCCAAUUGAUACCUUCAAAGAAAGACUACUCUGGUAUGAUCAGCUGGGGCCGACACAUGGGAGGGUUGGACAUUGAUGCUGAGAGACGAUUGAUAUACUGGACAGAUCUGUCAUUACGUAAAAUACAGAGGGCUGCAGUCCCUCAAGACCAGAAAGUAGCAGAGACAACACGACCACAAGAUCUGAAUGUGUUGGCUUUGAGGCCAGAAGGUGUAGCAGUGGACUGGGUAACAAAGAAUGUUUAUUGGACUGAUUCAAUCAAGAAAAUCGUAGCUGUGUCAUUAGAUGAUGGUCGAUACAUGAAAACGUUGAUAUCUGAAGAUCUAGAUUACCCACAAUCCAUUGCUGUUAGUCCUAAUCUAGGUUGGGUGUAUUGGACAGACAGUAGUGCAUUACAGCCUAAAAUAGAACGGUCAUGGAUGAAUGGAGACAACAGGGAAACACUUGUCAAUACAAGAAUUAGUCAUCCAACAGGACUAACCAUUGAUGAUUCUAUGGGUGAUCGAAUCUACUGGUGCGACUCAAAAGAGAAUAUCAUAGAGUCUAUGAGGCCUGAUGGAACAGAUAGAGUUUUAGUUGUUGGCAAAGGCAUAAUUAACCCAAUGAGUCUUGAUGUAUUUGAAAGUAACCUCUACUUUGCAUCACAACAGUCUGGUAGUAUUAUGAAAAUGGAUAAAUUUGGUAGAGGAAUCAACUCCACCUUACAAUCAGGGCUUCUGUUACCAACAACUGUCAGAGUUUUCCAUACACAGAGACAUAACAUAUCAGUGAAAAAUCCUUGUUCUGAUAAGUGUAGCCAUCUUUGUUUACUGGUUCCUGGAGGAUAUAGAUGUGCUUGUCCAGAUGGUACAAGAUUUCAAACAGGAAAUAAGUUUCUAUGUGAUGCUGCAAUGGAAGAGUCCAGACCUUUGCCUUCAGCAUGCCCUUGUAACAAUGGAGGAACUUGUGUCCAGGAUAAUUCAUCAGUAAUAAUUUGCCAUUGCCCGCCUGGUUUUCUUGGACCAUACUGUGAACUUUUAGAACCUAAAAAACUCAUGCCACAGUUGGAGUCAACAAGACUUGCAACAAUUAUAGUUCCUGUUUCUGUUCUUGGGUUUGUUCUUAUCAUGAUUCUGUUGUUGUUGUAUGUCUUCAGAAGAAAAAGGAAAGUAGUGAAGGGUGAAUUCAAAGGAGGGUCUGGAGUAGUGACUUAUAGAGAAGGCACUAAUGUAGAAAUAACACCUCCAUUUACUAGUGACGAUACCAGCUCAUCAGGGCAUAACAUGACAAAUAUACAGCUCGAUUCUACAAACUUUUGUAAUCCAAUGUACUACAAAUCAGAAGAUAUAGACACUACAUUUGAUUCUAUGGAGAAUCCAGUUACCUCCCUUGACCGUGAGGCUCCAGUUACUUCCCCUGAUAUUAGUGUAGGACUUCAAAAGGAUGCUUCUCAAGGGGCUACCCCUAGUAAUUUAAGGAAGUACAGAGUGAAGAAAAAGGCAUUGAGUCCUGUUGAACACUCUGAUAAGGAUAAAGAUGGACUAGUUGCAGAAGAGGAAUUGUAACAAUGAAUUCUGGGUAAAAUUUCCUCACCAAUGAUCUCAGAUCAAUUACUACAACAAAGACAGACAUAUCAUGUUGUUUGAAAGAACAGUGAUUGGAUAAUGUUGUGAAUGUGUCAAUUUUCAUUUUUGAUAUUCCUGACAAAUUAAACUUGAGAUGAUGUUUCCAGACAAUGUGAAAUCAAGCUUUGGCUAUUGCUUUGCAUUUUUAACCUAAUACUGAGUGAAUUAGAAAGUAGUUGUCUGUAUAUAUAGGAUACAUGAAGCAAUUCUCAGUAUGAAGUUUGAUUUGCCUUAACAGCUUCUGUAUUAUCAAUUGUCAGUUUCACAGCUUAACUGCCAUAAUAUAGAAUUUUUCAUUGUGUCUGAAUAUACUACAGAAAUUUUGGAGCAUCCACUGAAGGUUUAAAAGGUUUUUGCUGAUCAAAAUCUUGGACUUGUUCUUUAUUAGGAAAUUGAAAUAUGAAGUAUCCAUUUUGUACAGCAAGAUCUUCCAGUGACUUUUGGCAUGUGUGCUUGCUUAAUUCAUUUUUUUUCAUUUUUGAUAACCAUCAUAACAUUUUCAUUGUUAUUUUCAAUACAUUUAUGAUUUUUAUGUAAAAAAAGCAUUAUGAUUGAAAUACAAAUCGUCCAAGUCUAAUCUUAUAAGGAUGUGAAGACACUUCUUUCUGCUUUUUGUUUGAUGGCCUUUCAUGAUCCUAUUGUUUUUGGUAAUAAAACACACAUUCAAAAAUUUGAAAGCAGGCGUUUCAUUAAUAGGGAGAAAAGAAAAUUUAACUGAGUGAUGUCAGAUCCUUCUAAAAUAGGAUCUGUAUUUCAAUCAGAUUGGUAAAGAAGGCCCAAAUAUUCUUCAUCAAUCAACAAAUUUGAAACCAUAUAUCAGCUGAUUACAGGAACACAAUCUAGAGACCCAUUAUGGAGAAUAUGUGAUGCCCUGCCAAAAUGCCUUAUGUAAUCAAAUACAAAUUCAUUUUAUAUUUAGUUCCUGAACAUUUGUAAAUAGUUG